UCAUACGAUCGAGGCACGUAUCUGGCCAGGCAAGUUGCGACAGAUCCAUCUAUCUGGUCGGCAUGAACGGCGACACAACCCCGCCGCACAUGCCCUCCGAGCUCGUGCUGGAGAUCGUGGCCUGGCUGCCCGUGAAGUCGCUGCUCCGGUUCAGGUGCGUCUGCAAGGCGUGGCGCGACACAAUCUCCGACGAUGCAGCUUUCCACCGCGCCCACCUCCGUGCUCAGCCUCCACGCUUGCUCAUCUCGACCUGCACGGAGGAAGACCGGAUGAACAAGGUCACCACCAUCGGCUUGUACGUGUCGGAGGAGAGUGCUGCCCUCGCAGACACCAUAGACUUUCCUGAAGACCAUACGUAUUACUUCUCGCACUGCAACGGGCUGGUGCUGAUGCCGUGGUCCGCGUGCUCAACCCUGCCACACGGCGCCUACUUCCACUGCCUUGGAGCCCCAACGGUGUAUCACUAGCACCGACCGAGGGCUUGUACAGCGUUUUCCACCAAUUGUUUGGCAUCGGAUACGACCUUCGCGGCGACACCUACAAGGUUGCCCGCUUCUUCUUCCGCCCUAAAGAACCCGCCCCGACGGGCGGCUACCACCACAACUUUGGCAUGGAGGUUUACACCAUCGGGUAGACGAGCAUUGGCGUGAGACGGUGGAGAAGCCACCCUACGCCGUUGACAUUACAGGAACCUCGGCCUUCUCGAGGGGCUCAUUGUUUUGGACCAUCGACCAUACCGAACCUGCGGGUGGAGAAUCCCCAUCAGGGUUUCUCCGCUUCAGGCUAGAGGACGAAUCGUUCAGCGUCACGCUGCCGCCUCCUUGUUGCGAAGGGCUCGUAUACGAGAUGUCCUACUUGUCUGAGCUGCAUGGGGAGUUGAGCGUGGCUCAUCCUGGGCCCAACUAUGAGUCGAUUGAGAUUUGGACGUGCAACGAUGUGGACACCAACCCACCAGAAUGGACGCUGUGUUACAUCUUCAACAACUAUUGUCCCCAGCCGGCUGAAGGGCUCGACAUCGCCAUGUACCAUCUAUGCAAAGAUAUGUUUAUCCUACAAGUUCUCAAGGAUAUAGUUGGACUAGAUCGCUUGAUAUAUCACCCCCAUGACUCGGUGAUCCCCUACAUUCCAUCCCUAGUUCCGGUCUAGUUGAAAAGCCGGCUGGCUUAGUAUGCACUGCAUGUGUGGGAGAUAUCUUCAGUAUGCGCAUCUUGUCUAUAUUUCCUAGAUCAUUGCAAUCGAGUAGAAACUUUAUUACCUGUACAAGUGGAUCUUUGGUAGUGAUGAUGUGUGCUUGUUUUCUGGAUCAUCCCGAAUGGAUGUUCAAGUUGUUGCACAUGGAUGAUGGAAUUGAAUCAAGUAUUCGUGCUAUCUCGCAAUCAUUUCCUUGACACCAUCCUGUAGGACGUUUACCAUGUUGUGAAGAUAAAAUGUCAGUAAUUGACCAAAUAAUCAAUUGUACACUCUACGGCGGGUUGAGAGAAGCCAAUCGAACUGGGUUACUCUGAAUCUCUCCCACUGUAAUAUCAUUAGCAAUUGUGCAAGGUCUGAGUGAAAGUAGCUAGGAAAUAUACCAUACCAUAUUAUUCUACUCAAAAUUGACGCUUUAAAUAAAUAGGUGCGUGAACUCUUUAGUUCCAUGAUAUCCAGUCUUGAAACCAGCGAGUUACUCAUGCAAUUAAGCACAAUAUCAUGUUGUGAAUUUCAGGAUGGGCUACAGCAGGGGGUGCAUACAACAAGAGAAGUGGGAGGAGGCCAUCUCUCGCACUACUACUCAGGUAAAAAAUCACCUCAACGCAAAUGCAUGCUUGUUUUAUUCCUAGCGCUCUUGUAUCUCCUGUAAAGCUAUGCCAUGGCCCUGUGCUGGAGACUGGAGUCCCUAUACGA